CCUUGCAUCGGCGUAACGAAAGCGCUUGAGUUAUUGACCAUUUUUAUAAGCGUCUAAUCUGUUUACAAAAUGAUACCGCGUGUGGAGCUGUCAAAGCAGUUAAAAAAACUUAUAUCAAAACAUCCAUCAUUGUCGUUUGACAAAGAGUCUGGAAAGAUCCAAUGUUCUCUCUCCGGACAUGAGAUGCCAGGUAGAGCAGAUGCGGUAAACAGCUAUGUGCAGGGGAAGAAAUAUCUCAAGUUGAAGGCUCGACAGGAACAGAAUUUUGAAAAAUACAAACCACACCUUGUCCCCAGCUCUAAGAAGCACCAUGAGCACCAGUUAUUUUGUGUAUUGACACUGAGUCAUGUGAAUAAAACACCAGCUCAUGUGGAGAGACAUGUUAAUGGGGCAAAGUUCAAAAGGGCAAUGGCCAGAUGGGAGGAGUGCCAGCGGCAGGGUGUGGAGUACAAGCCUCCAAGGGGACGUAGGAAGGCUCAGGACCCUGAUAACAUCAAAGGGAAAAAGUUUGGUGGCGACGCGGAGAAUGAGGCAGGGGAGAUAAGUGAUGCUGAUAGUCUCAGUGAUCUAUACCCAGCUGGUGAUUUCAAAGAGGAUGACAACAGUGAAAAUGAUGAUGAUAUUGAAGAAGAGCCGGAAGCAGUCAAUGACGAUGCUGAAGAGCCAGAUGCAGUCAAUGAAGAUAAUGAAGAAGAACCGGAAGAUGAAAAUGACGAGGACCAGGAGGAUUCAGACUUUGAGUUUGAGAAGAUGGACACAGUUAGUGACCAUGUAGUUGACACAAAAGCAGGGGGAAAUAACUGCACUAAGGUUAAGUUUGUGAGUGGAGGGACACCAGAGCCCAGAGGGAAGAAAAGACCACCUCAGAAACCAACAAACAAGAAGGACAAACAAAAGAAGAAGAAACAAAAAACUGUAUGAGGAAAUAUGAAUAUUUGGUGCUUUGUGUAAAUGUUGUGUUCCUGUCAUAAAUCUACCAGUGUGUUCAUUUGGAAGAAGAAAAGAACUACUUGUGAACUGUGUUCCGACUGACUUUUUUUAUCUUAAGACUAGGUAAAUGUACAAAUUAGCAUUGUUGGGGACACUUGUUUUUGUUACCUGGUGAGGGGAAAGGUUUGGGUUAGCCUAACUCUAUAAUUGUGGUAUCAUUUGAAACCCCAUUACUUACUGAUUACUGUUAUGUAGAAUAAUGGCAGAAAAUACCUUACAGUUAUAAGAGCCUGUAUUUAACUGAAAUCUGACAUAAAAUGGCCUACUUUGCAAUCUUUUUAAGACCAGAAAAUCAUGUUUGUAAUAUUCUCUUGGUGUAUUUAUACGCAUUCUUUCAUUAUUCAUAAAAGAUAAAAAAACCUCAAAUAAUACCAAAAUAUUAUGUGGUCACCAAACAUCAGAAUCCGUUAUUAGAGGUAAAGUACGGUGGAUUUUAUGAUGGCAUUUAUUUUACCUUUGUGCCAUAUACUCAGAUGUUGGCGAUCUCUUGCAUUGGAAUUGUUUUCAAUGCAUGAAGCCUAUUCAACCAGAUGUUUGUAUCAUUCAGGGUGCAAGUGGUUGGUAAAAGACCUGGGGACUUUCCGUUUCAUUUAUUUUUGUUUUGUGUACUUUUUCCAAUGUUUUUGGUAAAACACGUUUUUUUGUAUCUUCAUUUUAAGUUAUCAUGUUCAUGUUCAUGUUUAAGUUAACAACUUAACAGUAAAAGUAAACCAUGUUUUUUUAGUAUUGUCAUUUUUAGUUUUCAUGAUUAAAAUGUUUAUAGAAAAACAUGUUUUUUAGUAUUUUCAUUUUUAAUCAUUAUGUUUAAAUGUUUAUGGUAAAACAUUUUUUAGUAUUUUUAUUUUUAGUUAUCAUGUUUAACAGAUUACUUUGAUUGCCAGAUUUUAACAUAAGCUAAUGUUAAACUCUACUUUAGAAUUUUGAAAAAAAAGGUUAUAAAAGUUGUAUAAAUGUAUGUUCAUUUGUAUUUUGUGAUAGAAAAUUGCCUUAUCUUGUAUGAUAAUCCACGCACUAUCUGGCUAUGUGAUUGACUAAUAACCCGUAUUCAUCUUUCCAUUUGAUAUCCAUCUAGUAUGAAAGAUUGCAGUUUGGUCAACAUCUUUAUGGUUAAACAUGUCUGUUUUUUAUUAGUAUUUUCAUUUCUAGUUUUCAUGUUAAACAUAUGUUUUCUACUAUGCCAAGUGUGUAGGUAACAUAUGUUGGCAAGGAAUAAUUAUCAUUGCAACUUAGGUUGCCAACAUUAGUUUGCAUUUUUGAAAUAAAAACGUUAUAUAAUUGA